GGUUUGAAUGCCCAUACUUCUGCCCUGAUUUCUGUGCAAAUUCUUGAACAGCGCACAAGACAACGUGGUUAGGCAAAUUUUGCCAUGUAUUUGCUUAAGUGUACAAUGAAAUCCGCAACUCCGUUGAUUUGGAUUCAGGGUGGAGUCCGCUUUACACCUUGAUUUAGAUAAAAUCUGUUUGUCAGAGUCAUGCUGCCCUUUUCCUAGCCCUGAGCCCCCUCACGAUGGUUCGAGGGAGCUAUCGCACGGCUACUGACCACCGACACUUUGACAGCAUGCGGCGUUCGUAAUUUUUAAAGACACCAGUCAACGCUGAUGGGGAGCCGGCCACGGCCGCUCCGCGGAGCCCCUGGGCCGCCGGGGCUGGGGCUUAUUCAGCCAAACACGAUCGCGCUGGAGGGACCCUGCGCCCGGGACAGGCUGCGGCCCCCGCCAUGCCCUCCCGCAGGAAUAGGGACCGAGAGCGGCCCGCAGGACAGCCCAAUGCAGCGAUGAGGCCGAGGGGCACUGCGGGGCUCCGGGCAGCUCGGCGAUGUGCGGGGGUGCAGGGUGCCGGUCCCUCGCACAGCCCGGGCCCGGAGGCGGGAGGGGCCGGGCGGGGCCCGCGGCUCCGCCUCCCUCGAGUGACGCCGCCGGGCCCCGCGCGGCCACCGUCGUGUAAGAUGGCGGCGGCGGAGAGCAGCGACAGCGAGGAGGAGGACUUGGUGAGCUAUGGAAGGCCGCUGCAGCCCCUGCAGGAGGGUGAACGAAUUAAAAAGCCAGUUCCUCUUCAAGAACAGACUGUUAAAGAUGCAAAGGGACGAUACCAGCGUUUCCAUGGUGCAUUUACUGGUGGCUUUUCUGCUGGUUACUUUAACACCGUUGGUACAAAGGAAGGAUGGACACCUUCAGCUUUUGUAUCAUCGCGGCAGAAGAGAGCAGAUAGAACUGUUUUUGGGCCAGAAGACUUCAUGGAUGAAGAGGAUCUUAGUGAAUUUGGGAUAGCACCAAAAGAUAUUACAACUACAGAUGAUUUUGCAUCUAAAGCUAAAGACAGAAUAAAGGAGAAAGCUAGACAGAUUGCAGGAGUAGUUGCUCCCAUUCCAGGAACCACUGCAUUUGAUGAUUUAAUAGGACCAUCCAAAAUAACAAUUGGGGUUGAACUGCUACGAAAAAUGGGCUGGAAAGAAGGACAAGGAAUUGGACCACGAGUCAAAAGAAAGCCAUGCAGGCAGAAACCUGAUCCUACAGUGAAAAUAUACGGCUGUGCACUACCACCCGGACUGUCUGAGGGUUCUGAGGAUGAAGAGGAUGAAUACCAGCCAGAGAAUGUGACGUUUGCACCCAAAGAUGUAAUGCCUGUAGACUUGACUCCAAAAGAGAAUGUCCAUGGGCUUGGCUACCAGGGUUUGGACCCCUCACAAGCUUUGUUUGGUGCAUCUGGAAGAGAACACCUGAAUCUUUUCACAGGUGGUUCUGAAGAAACAAGCAAUUUACUUGGUGAUCUGAAACACAGUAAAGGAAGAAAACUAGGUAUUACAGGUCAGGCUUUUGGUGUAGGAGCUUUAGAGGAAGAAGAUGAUGAUAUUUAUGCAACUGACACACUGUCAAAAUAUGAUACAGUUCUGAAGGAUGAGGAGCCUGGAGAUGGCUUGUAUGGCUGGACAGCACCGAAACAGUAUAAAUCCAAAAAAAGGCCUGAAAGAGAAUUUAAAUAUAUAGGCAAAAUCCUGGCUGGCUUUUCCUUGGCCUCAAAAUCAUCAGCUCCAAUCAAGAUUUAUCCCCCACCUAGCCUGCCACGAAAUUACAGACCAGUGCACUACUUUCGACCUGUGAUAACAGCUGGGAAUGAAAACCACCAUUUACAGAAGGCUUUGGAGGAGUCCACUGGGAAGCUGCAGAGUGAUCCAGCCCACCAAAGCAGGCAUGCCUUGAAUGCAGCUCAGAGGAGGGAACAGCUAGGAGAGACUGAGCUGAAAGGUCCGGCUCCUUCUAUUUUGGAAUAUCUGUCUGAGAAAGAUAGAGAAAGGCUCAAAGAAGUGAAACAAGCAUCUGAACAACAAAUGAAAGCAAAAGCUGUGUCUCAGCAGUCACCACAGAGCAGAUUCCAGUCACCCUCCCCAGAGGAUGCUACUCACAAAUGGCAAAUGCAGCUGGGGGGACAGUUAGUAAAUGCUGGUUCUAGUGACUUCAAACCAUUUGCAAAAAAUCCAGAAAAACAAACAAGAUAUGAAAAUUUUGUGAAAAGUCUUAAACAAGGAGAAAAAGGAGCUGCACUGGAGCGCUUUUUAGACCCGAACGUGACGGCGUGGGAGCGAGGCAGAGAGCAGGAGGAGUUCUUCCGUGCAGCCAUCUUCUACAGAUCCUCCAGCUCAGCGCUCUCAUCCAGAUUCACCCGCGCCAAAUACGAAGAUGACGUGGACCAAGUUGAAGUUCCUCGAGACCAAGAGAAUGAUAUUGAUGAUAAGGAAACAGCUGUGAAGAUGAAGAUGUUUGGCAAACUCACAAGAGACAAGUUUGAAUGGCAUCCUGAUAAGCUGCUGUGUAAAAGAUUUAAUGUUCGUGAUCCAUAUCCUGAUUCUCAUAUAGUGGGGUUACCAAAAGUGAAACGAGACAAGUAUUCUGUUUUUAAUUUCUUGACUGUGCCUGAGCCCACCACAUCUGUAACUCAAGCAACAAAUGAAAAGGUCCAGGAGAGUAACAGUCUCAACAAACCAAAGAAAUCUUCCAGGUGGGAUGUGUCAGAUAAAGAGAAGGAGAAGAAAGAUUCUAUCAGUGAAUUCAUUAGUCUUGCUAGAUCAAAAGCUGAUGCUCAGCAGCAGCCACCAGUGCCAGCAACAGAAGAAUGUGGAACUGGGACAACUGAAACUCCUCCCACUGCAGAGGUAGCUGAUGAAGAUCAGAAUCAGGAGGAAGAAAGUGGACGACCACCCAUGGACUUAUUUAAGGCCAUCUUUGUGAGCUCCUCAGAUGAAAAAUCAUCUUCCUCUGAGGAAGAGAGUGAUGAAGAACAGCAACCAACUACUUCAGAAAGGGAGUCAGAAACCACCAAGCAAGCUGACGUACCAGACAGUUCUUCCUCUAAUUUACAAGAAAAUGUUACUGCUGCAACUCAUUCUGGCAUUUCUUCGUUGCCUGCAUCAAAGCAGGAGCUGGAUGCAACAGAGGAAUUUGGACCCAAGUUGCCACCAGCUUUUUCUUCUGGCACUACUUCGCAACAACAAACAAUGGUGCCAGAAACAUUUCCUGGGCCUAGUAGGAAAGAAAAACAUAGGAAAAUCAGAGAGAGGCACAAGGCUAAGAAAGAACGCAAACGCAAAAAGGAAAAGAAAAAGAAGCAUAAAAAGCAGAAAAACAAAGGAAAACACAAGAAUAAAAAAUCAGAAAAAGACAGCAGCUCAGACACUACAGAUAGCAGUGACAGCCUUAGUGAUAUGGAUACCACAGGCUUGUCACCUAAAGAACUUCUAAGAAGAUUAAAACAACUUCAGUAUUGAAGAGCUCUCUUGCAUUCUUCAGUAUUGUGUGACUUGAUCUCAAAUUUUUGAUCUCCUCCAUGAUGGUAGAUCAGUGGUGUAUAAUGUGAAGCACUAUAGAUAAAAUAUUCAUAUUGAAUUUCUGUGAAAGUAAAUGUGCAUAUGUUUAUUUUGUGAUGUUUCAUGAGUUGGAAAGGUAUGGAUUAUAGAACAUUGAAAAGACCCCUUUGUGGGCAUAAUAAUCUGAAAUACUGCAGGCUCUGUUUUAAUUAAUUAAACAAAGCAUUUUAAUAAACUUUAUUAUUACAAAUAA